AUGAAUGGCGUAGACGUGGCGAUUCAACUUGAAGUAUUUGCAGUGCACACAGACAUGACUCUUAAGGAGGUGAGCCCCAAUUACUAUAACCUUUCGCCGGAAUCAGCUCUGUGGAAGCAGAUUCAGAAGGCGUAUCGUUGGUACACCCCCAAGUUUUCACCACGUGAUAUCCCACGCUUUGCCGAUGUGGGGAGUAUUACAGAAGACUGCGUUCUAAUGCGUGCGAUACGCGAUUUUCUUGUGGAUCGUUACAGGAACUUUCCAGAGCCUCCGACGCACAUACUGGGCUAUGAUGCACGUGGGUUUCUUUUUGGACCCAUGAUAGCCAUGGAGCUUGGCGUGCCUUUUGUGCUCUUGCGAAAAGCGGGGAAGAACCCCGGCGUCCUCAUCGAAAGUGAACCCUAUGAGAAGGACUACAAAGAAAAGGAACCAGAGGCCAUGUCCAUACGUCAGGACAGCAUUGGGAAGGGUUCACGUGUUGUUCUUGUGGAUGACGUUUUGGCCAGUGGAGGAACGGCUUUGUCAGGGUUGCAGCUCGUUGAGGCGUGCGGUGCUACCGCUCUUGAGUUUGUUGCUGUUCUUGAUUACAUUAUUUAA